UUCAUCAACAAUCGUACAUAAUCAUCAACAACAUCACCAUCACCAUUCAAUGGAGUCGUUGAAUUCAGUUCAAGUUAGUGAAAAUCAGUUGCCCCCAACACCAACCGCCUGUGUCAAAUCAUUCAGAAGGAACUAUUCACAUGCAAAACCACCAUACUCGUAUAUUAGUUUAAUCACCAUGGCGAUUCAACGAUCACCAACAAAAAUGUUAACUCUCAGUGAGAUUUAUCAAUUCAUCAUGGAAUUGUUUCCAUACUAUCGUCAAAAUCAACAACGAUGGCAGAACUCGAUUCGUCAUUCGUUAUCAUUCAAUGAUUGUUUCAUCAAAGUGGCCAGAACACCUGAUAAACCAGGUAAAGGGUCAUUCUGGACACUUCACCCUGAAUCUGGGAACAUGUUUGAAAAUGGUUGUUAUUUAAGGCGACAAAAAAGGUUUAAAUCUGAAAAAAGUGAAUUCAAAAGUUUGGACUCAAUCAAAACAAAGAAAACUUUAUCAUCAUCAUCUCCACCAUCAGCAUCAUCAUCAAAUUCAGCGUUACAAUUUGCUGAACCGGUAAAUUAUCUGCACAGUGAACAUCAUCACCAUUCACAACAACAACAACAACAACAACAGCAACAACAACAACAACAGCAACAGCAGCAACAACAACAACAACCACCUCCACCACCACCACCACAAUGUUUACCUCAACAACCCCAAUCACAACAACCUCCACCAUUAGCAUUACCACCACCACCACCACAACCCCAACAACAACAACUUCAUCAUCAUCAAACACCCGAUUUUCUUCAACCACCCCAACAACAUGAACAAAACCACUAUUAUCACCAACAGCAUCAACAAUCAACACAUCAUUAUCAUCAUCCACAAAAUUCAGGAAAUUAUUAUCAUCAUCCAUUUUCUAUAAACAACAUCAUUGCCUCUUGUGGACAUGAGUUACCAAUUUUAAACAACAAUCAAUAUUUAUCAUCAACAUAUUAUUAAGAAGAGAGAGAGAGAGAGAGAAAGAAAGAAAGAAAGAAAGAGAAAUGAAAAUUAUUGUCUUUGAAUACUAACAAUCAGACCCAAAGUAACUGUAAUUAAUUACUUGUAAUGGUUUAACUAUUAAAACAGUGAUAUCAAAAAAAA